AUGGCGCCCCAAGCGAAACGACGAAAGAUCGCAAGCGCCGUCGAAGAAAUCAACUUCGAUCCCACAGCCAGACAUGAAUACUUGACGGGGUUUCACAAACGCAAAUUGCAGAGAAUUAAGUUAGCUCAGGAAUUUGCAGAGAAGAAAGCUCGCGAAGAGAAGAGGCAAGAACGGAGAAAGAUUCGCGAACAACGAGCAGCAGAGCUAGAACAGGCUGUAAUUGAGUCUCGAAAGAUGCUGGAGCAUGCUCGCAGUAGUCUUUCGUCUUCAGAAAGCGGAUCCGAGAGCGAGAACGAAAACGAGAAUGAGGAGGAAUGGGCUGGCUUUGAGGAUCCUCUUCCAGUAGACUAUGAGGAAGAGUAUAUUGAUGAAGACAAAUACACUACUGUGACGGUUGAGGAAAUGGGGCUCUCGAGAGAUGCUCUCCACGGAAUGAGGGAGAAUGAUGUGCCAUCAUCUGCCGAUGAUGACGGCAAAGAGAAGGGAGGUGUUAAAGACGCUGCUGGGGCCAAACCCGGUCGAAAACAAAGCAAUCAGAAGAAGAAGAAGAAAAAGUUUCGCUACGAGUCAAAGGAGGAGCGUAAGGCUACGCAGAGGAAGCAGAGAUCGGGUAAUCGAAAGAAAGCAAGUGACCGACGGGAACGUUGA